AUGCAUAGACUUGCGACCUGGGCCGUUAUCCUCACGCUUUUGUUCCGCUGCCCUUCCACGCUGGAGGAGUGCGGCGAAGAUUCUCCCUACAUCUGCAAGCCGUAUUUCCAAGCCAAAGAGGCCAUCGCCCCGUAUACGCUGCCUUGUUACGAGCAAUAUGUUGAACCAUACGUGGACUUUGCGUGGCCUUACUACAACACCGUCGAUUCUCACAUCCUAACGCCGGCGCGCGUCUAUGUCGUGCAAUAUGGUGCGCCGUGGGUUGAAAAGGGCCAAGAACAAGUUUGGGCUCAAUGGGAGAAGCACGGUCGGCCUCAAGUAGAGCAGGUCCGCGCUCUGUCCCAGAAGCAGUACGAGGAGUCCAUUGCUCCGCAUUUAGAGCGCGCAGGCGAAUUUAUCGGGCCCUACUACGCAGUCGGUCGUGAUAACUCUCUCCAACUGUACCACGAGUUUGUCCUGCCAACAUACGAGCUUCUACAGCCCUAUGCCCAGCAAGGUUACCGUGCUGCUUCCAGCUUCACUACAGAGAUGGCGCUGCCCGCUGCUCACUGGACUUGGGCGAAGACGAAUGCCUUUCUCAACAAGGCAGUGUGGCCACAGGUCCGAAUGGUUUAUGUCGAAAACGUGGAGCCUCAGCUUGUUCGCAUUGGCGAGCGCUUGGAAAGAUAUAAGAACCGGGCUAGGACCAAGGUGCUUCCCGAAGUGAGCUCUGCUACGACAACUACCGAGCCUCCACGAUCCUCCUUCAGUAAACCGGCCCCCCAAGCGACACAGUCUCAGAGCACAACGGCCUCCGAACGUGCUGCGCUCAGCUCGACCUCCAGCGCUGAGCAGCGGCAGUCGACAGAGUCAUCGUACUGGAUGCCCGUCCAGCCCCCUCCUCCUGGAGAAAACGAAUCAGAGACAAGGAGAAAGGCUCGCGAGAUGGUGACGCAAGACCUUGAGAUGUGGCAGAAUAAAUUCGCUACCCAGGCUGAUGAGGGUGCUGUCGAUAUGGAAGACCGAAUUGACGAGCUUGCGAACCGUAUGAUCACUGAAGAGAUUCCCUCUAGUGGGAAACCGCUUGUUGAGCAGCUCCAAACCACAGUGCAAUCAGAGACGGAUAGUCUGAAAGCAAAGAUUUCCAGCAUUGUCGCAGAGAGUGCCGGUGGAUCGCUGGAAGACGCUGAAGAGAAAGUCAUUGGCGCCAUCAGAUCUGCCGGCAUAGCUAUCAAGCAGGCUGCUCAAGACAUUAGGACAUGGCGAGAAGAAUACGAUACUGAUCUGCAAGCCAGAGUUCUCAGAGCCGCUGAUGUCCAUUUCCAGAUCCUUGACGAGACUAGAAAUCUUGCACUGCAGCAACUUGGUAUGAAGUGGGCUUGGACCGACGGGGUUAGCUACAAGGACUGGGCAAAGUAUCAUGAGCUGAAGGAGGUGCUCGCCGACUGGACUGAAGAUCUGAAGCAACUCAUCAUCACUCAUCCUACGCUGCUCGACGCACAGGAUGCAGCGGCAUUUGUUGAGGAGGAUGGAAUGACCAUUGCCUCCACGGCUGCCAAAGAGCUAGCCCGCCUCAAGCGGGUCGCUCAGUGGAAGCUUAUCGCACAUGAUGCUACGGACAAUUUUGAUUCUGAGGCGAUGGAAAAAGCUGCUGAAUUAGCACAGAACCCUCCGGUAGCUGAAGAAUCAGUAGAGUCUGAUGAGCAAGAGGAAGGAGAUGUUGAUGCUGCCGCUGAUGAAAAAACCUCUGAUAGCAAUUCUUCUUCACCGCUUCUUGACACCGUCCGGGAUACCGUCGUGGAUACCACCCAGCAAGAGGUAACUGAGGAGACUACCGAUGAGGCCACGCCUUUGGAAUCCGAACCUGCCGUCAACGGUGCUUCCUUGGACGAGCAAUCGUCUGACGUAGAGUCAAGCGAAGCUUCCGAUGCUACUGAGGAAGCGAGCUCGAAUCUUUUUGAACAUGUUAUGGAAUUCACUGAUAUCCCCGCUGAAGAUCAGGAACCACUUACCCACCAGACCGAGGAACUUCCGGUAUUUGUCGACGAAGAUAUCAAAGAGCCCGAAAUAGAGCCCGAAACGCCUCAUGUUAUUGUCGACCGAGCUGAAGAUGAAGAAUCCAGCCCCAUUGUUCCGGGGGAGCCUCUGUUGACCCCCAACAACGCCGCAUCUGGCACCGAACCUGUCGCCGAACCUGUCGCCGAACCCUCUACUGAAGAGGUGCUGGUAACCGAGCCUGAAAUCCUGGAAGAGGACGAAACUUCAAGGCAACAAGAGAAAGCAUCCCUGGAUGAUGAUACCGCUUCCGUUAAGGCGACUUUCCUUGGUGCGGCCGCUCAGGUAGUUUCUGGACGACAACAACCCAUUUUGGAUUUGGACGAGGACGAUGAAACUGAUGAUGAUGAUUUUCUAUCUAGCGCGACUAAAGCCGCUGAGGCAGCCUAUUCCAGCGCAAUUUCUUUAGCAUCUGGCCAGUAUUCAAGUGCAGUAUCGAUUAUUUCCGCGCAAAUCCACGGUACUCCAACCCCAGCCGUUCAAAACCAGCUUCUUUCCUCGGUAUCGGGUGCCUACGACCAAGCAAUCGCUGCGGCCAGUUCCAAGCUGCAACAGGUUGUCGAUGCUGCGUCUGCCGGAGUUUAUGGUACGCCAACGACUACCCAGGCUGCCCCAACGUUGGUAGACUGGAGCAAAGUAGAGGAGAUUGCUGCGGAGCGCCUGAAUGAGGGUAAGCUCUGGGCUGAGCUUCGGUAUCAAAGUGCUCUGAUCGCCUUGGGAUUAGCAACUGCAACACCUACUCCGACUGGUGCUUUCGACAAAUAUUACGAACAGGCCAAAUACAACUAUUACGCUGGGAUUGGCGUUGCGCAUGACCGCUACAACAACUUCAUAUCUGCCGCUUCGUCAGCAUGGUCCUCAGUAACGGCCACACCAACUCCGACACCCAAGGCUUUUGCUGACUCUGCACUUUCAAUGGCCUCUGCUGCGGGCAAGGCUGCUGAAUCUGCCUAUUCCAAGGCCACCGAGAAUGUUGCCUCUGCGGUUGAUGCUGUGGAUGAAUCUAUAAACUCUUUGCACGAUGCUGCGGCUGGACAGAUUUACAACGCUGGAGUAGCCAUUGGAGAGACAUGGGGGACUAUCGUUAGCCAGCUGAGCAUUGAGGUGUAUGGGCAACCAACACCAACGGCGAUUGGAUGGUAUGAUAGUCUUGUAUCGGACGCGCACGCAGUUGUAGCGAGUGCUACUUCGGCCGUUGCUAAGGCUACUCAAACUGCAUCAGCUGGCGCUGCAAACGAGUACGAAUCUGUGAGCGAGCUUGUUUCGGAGUUGAUUGUUGGCCGGGAGGCGCCUUUUACGGAGAGUGUACUAUCUCGACUUCGUGCCGCAUACGCUACGGCGACGGAGAACAUGGCAAGCUUGGCGAGCGAGGCCAGUGCGGCUGCUGGAUCAGUAGGCGAGAAGGUGGGAAGCAUUGCGAGCAAGGCAACAGACGCAGCGAAGCAUGGCAAAGAUGAGUUGUAA